UGACAAGUCGCAGUCGCAGAGCCGCAUUUCUCGGCGAACUUCAUAGUGUAUAUAUUAGCGCGUGUCGCGUUUGUGAGGAUGAUUCUUGCUGUGUCUAAGAACAGGAAGAUGGCGCCAGCUAACGCUCCGGUAUGGACGUGGAGCGAAACGUACAAGAAAUACUAUUAUGUUACAUACGACUCCAACAGUAGUCCUGUGUACCAUUGGAGCGAGCAGGGCGGAGAGUCACUCCCAUCUCAGCAAACCGUGGCACAAGCUGUCUCACUCACGUCGGACCAACAAACUCGAGGCAAGAGGGCCGAUUCCGGGUCGGGAUCGUCGCCCCAGAGCCAGUAUCUACAGCCAAACUCUCCGCCGAAUUCAUGCCAAAACAGUGCGACCCAGGACACCUUCACCCACUACUCAUCGCCAGGGUCUCAGCAGAAUUCUCUUUCAUACCAUGGAAAUGCGACUCAGGGUAACUUAGCCCAGUACCCAAGUGCAAUUUAUCAUACCAACCCGAUUCAACACCAAGGCGGUUCUACCUACUUCCAACCCGCCACUAGUUCAUACGGGAAUUCUGGCGCAUACCAAAACUUCGACUACACUCCCUCCAGAAAUGAACCAGACAUGCCCGACCCAGUUCCCCAGGAGACCAGGCUGGCCGUGCCGGGUCUUAUAGCCGGUACACCGCAAAGGGGGUGGUACGAGCCCUUAGAUUCUAGCUACAGAAUGAGGACCGGAGCCGAAGCACGCCAAUUCUUUAAGAGAGGGAAAGUAUUUUCAAUGCUGCAUUCAGAACCGGCGGGAACACCGGGACGAAAUGGAGACGACAACUUUUCUGUCGUAGCAUACGGAGAGCAGGUGUACUCUCAGAUUCGCCGAUUCGUAAUUGUAAAGGUGAACAGGGGGUUUGUCUAUGCCUGUCCAAUUUCCACAUAUUCCGGCCGAGGCACUACAAAGCCUGGGUGCAAUCCCGCGGAGCACGCAAUCAUUUACUUCCAAGGAUCGAGCCCGCAAUACGUUCAAGGCGAAUACGGCAACGGAAUGGUGAAAGAACCGAUUGAAGUCACACCAGCCACCUCGGGUUUAACCAUGGCUCCAGCUUCUCGACUCCGAUUUGGGAAGAUUUAUCCAGUUGAAUGGAACGUCAAAGUCAAAGAUAUUGGAGACGUUGUUCCAGAAGAUUUGAGCAAGCUCCUGAAUUAUUACCAGGAGGAAAAUGAAGAGUAAUUGGAGUGAGCCACAUAAACCUGGUGCGCGGCUAAGUCUUCUUCCGCGUUGCUCCCUUCCUCUCCCUCCACUGUUGGAUUUUCCUUCAAUCAUCAAAAUACGUUGUUCUUCGCUCAAUCACGUUACUUCCUCCUUCUCUCCAACAAACGGUCUUUGACCCAACUUUCAGUCUUGCUUUUUAAGUCUUCACAUCACCACAAUUUGUGUUUGGUUGUAUCACGUCGAUGGGAUCAAUUCUGCUAGGGUAAUAGGGCUGACUAAGUCUGGUACGGCCUCUUUAAGAUGCUGAUUUUCAUUUUGUUCACCCCUACAAAUACGUUAAAGCCAUAACAUAAGUAUUCG